AAGGGUAAUGGGGUGCAUCCUGCACUCCUGUAUGGCAGAGCCACGGGCUCAGGGGAACGAGGAGAGCCUCUCUCAUGGAUGGUUCUGACUGGGUGCAGUGCUACCGGUGUCCCUGAGGCACCUCGCCUCAUCCUCUUCCCCGGGUGAGCCCAAUUCCUCUCCCAACCCAGACCCGGCAGAAUCCAUCCCCACGAUGUUAGACAGCUUCCAGUCCAGGGAGGUGAAGGCGGGCCGGCUGGUGGAGCUGCCCUGCAUCGCCUCGGGCUACCCCAACCCGGCCGUGCGGUGGAUCAAGGACGGGCGGCCGCUCCCCGCCGACAGCCGCUGGACCAAGCGCAUCACGGGGCUGACCAUCAGCGACCUGCGAGUGGAGGACAGCGGCACCUACAUCUGCGAGGUGACCAACACCUUCGGCUCCGCAGAGGUCACGGGGACCCUCACCGUCAUAGACCCUCUGCGUGUGACCCUCACACCAAAGAAGCUCAAAACAGGCAUCGGCAGCACCGUCAUCCUCUCUUGUGCCCUCAGCGGCUCCCCCGAGUACGUCAUCCGCUGGUACCGCAACACGGACCUGGUGGCGGUGGAUGACUACAUCUCCAUCCGGGGCAUCAGCAACGAGACCCUCCUCAUCACGGCCGCCCAGAAGAGCCACUCCGGGGCCUACCAGUGCUUCGCCACCCGCAAGUCCCAGACGGCACAGGACUUCUCCAUCAUCACGCUGGAGGAUGGGACCCCCCGCAUCGUCUCCUCCUUCAGCGAGAAGGUGGUCAACCCCGGGGAGCAGUUCUCCCUGAUGUGUGCCGCCAAGGGGGCCCCGCCACCCACCGUCACCUGGGCGCUGGACGACGAGCCCAUCCCGCGGGACAGCGGGCACCGCUCCAACCAGUACACCAUGUCCGAUGGCACCACCGUCAGCCACAUGAACGUCACCAGCCCGCAGAUCAAGGACGGCGGCGUGUACCGGUGCACCGCGCGGAACUCGGUGGGCAGCGCCGAAUACCAAGCGCGAAUAAACGUAAGAGGUCCCCCGAGCAUCCGCGCCAUGAAGAACAUAACAGCGGUCGCGGGUAGGGACACUUUCAUCAACUGCAGGGUCAUCGGGUACCCCUAUUACUCCAUCAAGUGGUACAAGGACUCCCUGCUGCUGCCCGAUAACCACCGCCAAGUGGUCUUUGAGAACGGCACCCUGAAGCUGAUGGAUGUGCAGAAGGGCAUGGAUGAAGGGGAGUAUCUGUGCAGCGUGCUGAUCCAGCCCCAGCUCUCCAUCAGCCAGAGCGUCCACGUCACUGUCAAAGUCCCUCCACUGAUCCAGCCCUUCGAGUUCCCGCCAGCCUCCAUCGGACAGCUCCUCUACAUCCCCUGCGUGGUCUCCUCUGGGGACAUGCCCAUCCACAUCACCUGGAGGAAGGACGGGCACGUCAUCCUCUCUGGCUCUGGGGUCACCAUCGAGAGCAAGGAGUUCAUGAGCUCCCUGCAGAUCUCCAGCGUCUCCCUCAAGCACAACGGGAACUACACCUGCAUCGCCAGCAACGACGCCGCCACCGUCAGCCGGGAGCGGCAGCUCAUCGUGCGGGUGCCUCCUCGUUUUGUGGUCCAACCCAACAACCAAGAUGGCAUUUAUGGGAAAGCCGGGGUGCUGAACUGCUCUGUCGAUGGGUACCCCCCUCCGAAAGUCAUGUGGAAGCACGCUAAAGGAAGUGGCAACCCCCAGCAGUACCACCCCAUCCCCCUGACGGGCCGCAUCCAGAUCCUGCCCAACAGCUCCCUGCUCAUCCGCCACGUGCUGGAGGAGGACAUCGGCUACUACCUCUGCCAGGCCAGCAACGGCGUGGGCACAGACAUCAGCAAGUCCAUGUUCCUCACUGUCAAGAUCCCUGCCAUGAUCACCUCCCACCCCAACACCACCAUCGCCAUCAAGGGCCAGACCAAGGAGCUGAACUGCACGGCGCGGGGCGAGCGGCCCAUCAUCAUCCGCUGGGAGAAGGGGGACACCGUCAUCGACCCCGACCGCAACAUGCGCUACGCCAUCACCACCAAGGACAACGGGGACGAGGUCAUCUCCACCCUCAAGCUGAAACCAGCCGACCGUGGGGACUCUGUCUUCUUCUCCUGUCACGCCAUCAACUCCUACGGCGAGGACAGAGGCUUGAUCCAGCUCACUGUCCAAGAGCCCCCUGACCCCCCGGAGCUGGAGAUCCGUGAGGUGAAAGCCCGGAGUAUGAAUUUGCGAUGGACACAGCGGUUCGACGGCAACAGCAUCAUCACCGGCUUCGAUAUCGAGUACAAGAACAAGUCAGAUUCCUGGGAUUUCAAGCAGUCUACACGCAACAUCUCCCCGACCAUCAACCAGGCGAACAUCGUGGACCUGCACCCCGCCUCCGUGUACAGCAUCCGCAUGUACUCCUUCAACAAGAUCGGGCGCAGCGAGCCCAGCAAGGAGCUCACCAUCAGCACCGAGGAAGCAGCUCCCGAUGGCCCUCCGAUGGAUGUCACCUUGCAGCCCAUCACGUCCCAGAGCAUCCAGGUCACCUGGAAGGCCCCGAAGAAGGAGCUGCAGAACGGGGUGAUCCGUGGCUACCAGAUUGGCUACCGGGAGAACAGCCCGGGCAGCAACGGGCAGUACAGCAUCGUGGAGAUGAAGGCCACGGGGGACAGCGAGGUCUACACGCUGGACAACCUCAAGAAGUUCGCGCAGUACGGGGUGGUGGUGCAGGCCUUCAACCGCGCGGGCACGGGGCCCUCGUCCAGCGAGAUCAACGCCACCACGCUGGAGGACGUUCCCAGCCAGCCCCCCGAGAACGUGCGGGCCAUCUCCAUCACGUCGGAUGUGGCGGUGAUCUCAUGGUCGGAGCCCCCGCGCAGCACCCUCAACGGGGUGCUCAAGGGCUACCGGGUCAUCUUCUGGUCCCUCUACAUGGACGGAGAGUGGGGCGAGAUGCAGAACAUCACGACCACGAGGGAGCGGGUGGAGCUGCGGGGAAUGGAGAAAUUCACCAACUACAGCGUGCAGGUGCUGGCCUACACCCAGGCGGGUGACGGUGUCCGCAGCAGCGUGCUCUACAUCCAGACCAAGGAGGACAUUCCAGGUCCCCCAGCUGGGAUCAAGGCUGUGCCAUCCUCUGCCAGCAGCGUGGUGGUGUCCUGGCUGCCGCCGGCCAAGCCCAACGGCAUCAUUCGGAAGUACACCAUCUUCUGCUCCAGCCCCGGCUCGGGACAGCCGGCUCCCAGCGAGUACGAGACCAGCCCGGACCAGCUCUUCUACCGCAUCGCCCACCUGAACCGGGGGCAGCAGUACCUGCUCUGGGUGGCCGCCGUCACCUCCGCCGGCCGCGGCAACAUCAGCGAGAAGAUGACCAUCGAGCCUGCGGGCAAAGCCCCCGCCAAGAUCAUCUCCUUCGGAGGCACCGUCACCACGCCGUGGAUGAAGGACGUGAGGCUGCCGUGUAACUCGGUCGGGGAGCCGGUCCCUGCCAUCAAGUGGACCAAGGACAGCGAGGACUCUGCCAUCCCGGUGACAGUGGACGGCCACCGCCUGAUCCAGGCCAACGGGACGCUGGUGCUGCGCUCGGUGAAAGCCGAGGACUCCGGCUACUACACCUGCACUGCCACCAACACCUGGGGCUUCGACACCAUCAUCAUCAACCUGCUGGUGCAAGUGCCCCCAGACCAGCCCCGCCUGACCGUCUCCAAGACCUCGGCAUCGUCCAUCACGCUGGCCUGGAUCCCUGGGGACAAUGGGGGCAGCUCCAUCCGAGGCUUCGUGCUCCAGUACUCGGUGGACAACAGCGAGGAGUGGAAGGACGUGUUUAUCAGCUCCUCCGAGCGCUCCUUCAAGCUGGAGAGCCUCAAGUGUGGCACCUGGUACAAGGUGAAGCUGGCGGCCAAGAACAGCGUGGGCGCCGGCCGCAUCAGCGAGAUCAUCGAGGCCAAGACCCACGGCAGAGAGCCCUCCUUCAGCAAGGACCAGCACCUCUUCACCCACAUCAACUCCACGCACGCCAGGCUGAACCUGCAGGGCUGGAGCAGUGGGGGCUGCCCCAUCACCGCCAUCGUGCUGGAGUACCGGCCCAAGGGCAACUGGGUGUGGCAGAGCCUGCGCACCAACAGCUCCAGCGAGGUGUUCUUGACCGAGCUGCGCGAGGCCACCUGGUACGAGCUGCGCAUGAAGGCCUGCAACAGCGCCGGCUGCGGCAACGAGACCACGCAGUUCGCCACGCUGGACUACGAUGGCAGCACCAUCCCCCCGAUCAAGUCUGCCCAAGGGGAAGGUGAUGACGUGAAGAAGCUCUUCACCAUCGCCUGCCCCGUGAUCCUGGCCACACUGGGAGUGGCCCUGCUCUUCAUCAUCCGCAAGAAGAGGAAGGAGAAGCGGCUGAAGAGGCUUCGAGAUGCGAAGAGUUUGGCAGAAAUGCUGAUCAGCAAGAAUAACCGCAGCUUUGACACGCCGGUGAAGGGGCCCCCACAGGGCCCCCGCCUGCACAUCGACAUCCCACGGGUGCAGCUCCUCAUCGAGGACAAGGAGGGCAUCAAGCAGCUGGGGGAUGACAAAGCCACGAUCCCGGUGACUGACACGGAGUUCAGCCAGGCAGUGAACCCCCAGAGCUUCUGCACGGGUGUCUCUCUGCACCACCCAGCCCUGAUCCAGAACACGGGGCCCCUCAUCGACAUGUCCGACAUCCGCCCCGGCACCAACCCCGUGUCGAGGAAGAGCGUGAAGUCUGCGCACAGCACCCGCAACCGAUACUCCAGCCAGUGGACACUCACCAAGUGCCAGGCGUCCACCCCUGCACGGACCCUCACCUCGGACUGGAGGACAGUGGGCUCCCAGCACGGCAUCACGGUCACAGAGAGUGACAGCUACAGCGCCAGCCUCUCACAGGACACAGACAAGGGGCGGAACAGCAUGGUGUCCACGGAGAGCGCCUCGUCCACCUACGAGGAGCUGGCGCGCGCCUACGAGCACGCCAAGCUGGAGGAGCAGCUGCAGCACGCCAAGUUCGAGAUCACCGAGUGCUUCAUCUCCGACAGCUCCUCGGACCAGAUGACCACGGGCACCACGGACAACGCCGACAGCAUGACCUCCAUGAGCACCCCGUCCGAGCCCGGCAUCUGCCGCUUCACCGCCUCCCCGCCCAAGCCCCAGGACAGCGAGCGGGGCAAGGGCGUGGCCGUGCCCAUCCCACACCGCGCCAGCAAGAGUGACUACUGCAACCUCCCGCUGUACGUCAAGUCGGAGGCGUUUUUCCGCAAGCCCGACUCGCACGAGCCGUGCCCGGUGGUGCCACCGCGGGAAGCCUCCAUCCGCAACCUGGCCCGGGCGUACCACGCGCAGGCCAGCGCCGCCCCGGCUCCCCCCGUGGCCACCGAGCCCCCCGUGGCCGCUGCCACCGCCGAGGCGCGGGUGCCCACGCACUCCAAAGUGGGGGGCUCCAGGGACUCGCUGCUGGAGAUGAGCACGUCAGGGGUAGGCAGGUCUCAAAAACAGGGUGCCGGAGCCUACUCCAAGUCCUACACGCUGGUGUAGGGCCGCCGCCGGAUGCUGCUCGUUUCCCCACGCCGUUUAUAUUAAAUUAACAAACUUGUACAUAACGGACUCUUUUGUAUAAAUGAAGCUAUUUUCUUCUUCUCCGAACAGAAAAAGAAACCAGGGCACAAAGAAUUUGAUGUUACAGAUUUAAAAAUAUAAUAUAUAUGUAAACAUAUAUAUAUAUUUCACAUCAUUUUGAAAGGGGCACAAGGAAAGACUCAGCGAUUUUUUCUUUUUUUUUUUUUUUUUUCUCUCCCUGAUCUUGUCGGUGGUUUUAAAAAAAGGAACGUCUCCGAGACAUUGCAUGCUAUUUUACUGUUCUGAAAACAGCAGGAGUUGCUUCAAUUUGCAAAUGCUUAUGUGUUAAUACCUUUUUCUAUGAAAAAAAACCCAGCGCUGUGUGCAAUAAAGGUUAUGUUUAUA